UGUAUUGUACAAAGCCGUCGUUCUGAAGCUUCGGUUGAGGGAGUUUAAUCUUUAACACGAUCUAGUAGAAGGCUCUCACUGGAAACACAUGGCGGCCAAGCUGCUUUUUGUGGCUCUUCUGUGGUCCGUUUCUUUGACUGUGCUAAAAUGCAACUGCUUCGGUUGUGGAAGACGGGCCUACAACAUCAGAAAGUUAUUUUUUACGUCGGAACCAAUAUGGAUACAUACCACCACUGGACGCACCAAAUUGAGGUGUUUAGUGGACGUGGUGGACAGAAUGGAAAUCAUGACCGUAAACUUCACAAGAUCGUGUUACAAUCGAGGCUACAAGGUGUCUAGGGAAUUCGUAGGAAUCUUUGAUAAUCAUCGAAAGAAGCACAUGGACGUGAGAACUUCAGGCCACAUAGGCAACCUUGAAGAGGAUCUGCUCUUUAUGAGCCAUGACUACAGCUGUGCAGUGGUUUUGGUGACGACGAAAGUUUGUGCCAAGCUUCACAAGUAUGACCUGAGAAUUAGAAAUUCCUUCAUCACAAAGCCCCCUCAGGAUAAUUGUCUGAAAGUAUUCCAGAAGUACGAGAAAUAUGGAAAAGUACUCUACGAUCCAAGCUGCCAGCAUAUCCUUGCGAAACGUGGAGAGUCACAGUCGUACGAGCCGCAAGAAGAACGCUGCAAAAAUAAAGUUCGUUGAAUCACUUCU